AUGGGUAUGAUUCCGAAAGCUUUGUUGCUGAGCCUUUUGGCGAGUUUGUCUUUCCAUGAAGCUCGGGAGGUUUAUGGCCUCACAAAGUUGCAGCUUCCUUGGGUGGCCGUGGAACUUGUGAUCCACGCUAUGAUUGUUCGAAGGAUGAUGGACUUCGAGGUCCCUGAGGGGCUCCAAUGCAUUGAGUUCUUUGCGGGUACCCAAAUGUCAUCCCAAGUAGCGAAAGCAUUUGAGGAACUGGGUUUGACCGCCUUAGCUUUUGACAUUGACCGCUGCUUGGAUGAAAGUAUGGGGCAUGGUUGCAUGAUUCCCAUCUAUGAAGCUGUUUUGGCCUUGUUGGCUUGGGCUGUUGGAGCGUUUCCAAUCUUGGAACAACCGCGCCAAUCCCUCAUGACAGCGCUACCUUCGUGGCAAUCAGUGGUGGGGUAUUUCCAGGAAGCUGCGUCUAAAGGAUGGCCAGGGCAACAGCUGAAACUCAACAGUAUCAACAUGGCAUCCUUUCGGGCACCAUCUCUGAAACCAACAGCCCUCUAUUCAACAGAAGCUUUGGGCCUUCUCAUGAAUCUGCGGGUGCCUCCGAAGUAUCGCACCUCUUCUGGCGAGAAGAAAGUGGCAGGGGGCAAGGGCUUGAAAUCUACACAAUACUAUACCCCAGAAUUUGGGAGAGGACUUGCUUCAUGGUGGAUGGCUCAUGGCCCUGUUUCUGCCGGGAGAAAACGAAAACAAUGGACAUUCUUGCAGAGCUCUGAUUUAUCCAUCAAUGAAAUGAAGGAUUGA